AUGUCAUGUACGCCGCCAUUGCAGUCCCCCAAGCGCCAGGUUAGCUUUGGCACCACGCGCGAGCGGGAAUUCUGCAAGUAUCUGCCUCCGUAUCAUCAAAGUCUGCCUCUCAGUCACCAUGUUUCCGCCGAUUCCCCGUGCCCUCAUGCCACCCGACCUUGCCCCGAUACUGUUCUCACGGCUUUUGCCCAACUGGGUGCCCUGCGCUUGAACGCCGAACGAGUGCUCAUCUCUCUCUUUGGGAAGGAUAACCAGCACAUCCUUGCGGAGGCAUCACGGACACUGAGCUUGCAAGAUGAUAACGAGUUUGAAGAGGACGAUGAGCUAUGGAUGGGCUGCUGCACCGUCGCCUAUGAGCGCAGUUUUUGCAAAAAUGUGCGCGAAUUGUCUAGUUUUCCUCGGAGUUGGGAUGAGAAAGCUUUUGUUGUUCCCGACCUUCAAAAGGACGAUCGGUUUUCGGAGGCGAUUGAUGUGAAACACUUCCCGCAUGUGCGAUUUCUGGCCUGUGCGCCCAUCGUCAGUCCGAAGGGGUUGACGAUCGGCGCUUACACUGUCCUGGACACGAAGCCGCGUGCACCUUUGGAUAAAAGGACGAUCAAGUUCCUAACCGACAUGUCGGUUACAGUGAUGAGCCACCUUCAGACGAAUCGGUCCAAGACUCGAUACCUCCGCAGCGAGCGAAUGAUGGUCGGUUUGGGGAGCUUCCUGGAAGGAAAGGCUAGUAUGCGCAGUUCUUGGCUGGAAAGCAGCGACUCUUCUCGGUUUGGGGAGCUCACCGAACCCUCAGAAGGACACGUCAACGCCAGGCAACAAGCGAAGCAAGUGAUAGCUAAGUCUGAGCGGGCUCUGCGGGAACCAGGUUUUUCAAGGCGCUUGCCCCUGCGCACGCGAGAGUUACGACCUUCAGACGACCAGGCAAUUCGACCAUGUAGAAAGCACCCUGUGGACAGUAUUACAACAGCAACGAGAGCAGCUAGGAGUCAGUCGGCGCCGAAAUCUGCGGCAGUUAAACAACUACCGGAGCAAAGCACGCCGAAGGACCAUCCGCAGCAUGAUACGUACAACACAGAAGUCAAGCACGCUUUCUCCCGUGCGGCCAAUAUUGUGCGUGAGUCCAUCGCAGUGGAGGGCGCUGUGUUCUUUGACGCCAAUUUCGGCUCCCAUGCUGGCUUGAUCAAUAAUGCAAAGUGCGAGAUGGACUACAGCGACACAGACGGCGCUUUGACAAGCGACGAUAGCGAGACAACAGGGGAACGGUUGGCAGCUCCAAGACUUGGCCAUACUGCUGAUCAUAAGGAUGAGUCCAACUCCUGCAAUAUUCUUGGGUUCUCCACGACAUCGGCCUCCAGUAUUGACCGACAGUCCAUUGGUGACCAGCGGAUGACCCUUUCCGAGUCAUUCAUACAAAGUCUAUUACACCGAUACCCCCGAGGUAAAAUAUUCAACUUCGCGGAAGAUGGGACUGUUUCUUCUGAGGAUACGAGCGAUACCCUGUUCAAAAACUUCAAAGCCGAUAAUCCAGGUGCUAUUGCGAGCGGCAAGCGUCGAAUGAUGGGGCGCAAAUAUAAAACGACGAGAAGGAGGAUGAUUCGUCAAGACGUCUCAACGCUGAGCGAAUUUGCCCCUGGCUCCCGCAGCAUCAUCUUUGCUCCUCUGUGGGAUUCGCACAAGGGAAGAUGGUACUCUGGCUGUCUCGUCUGGACUAAAACCCCGCUUCGCGUUUUCACUUAUGACGACGAACUAACAUUCUUAUUUGCCUUUGGACAUAGUGUCAUGGCAGAGGUUCAUCGGCUUGGAUCUGAACUCGCCGAGCGGGCUAAGUCAGAUUUGCUCUCCAGUAUCAGUCACGAGCUGCGGUCCCCGCUCCAUGGGGUUUUUGGGACAGCAGAGCUGUUGGCCGAGACUAGUAUGAAUGCACUACAAUUGGGAAUGGUGCACACGAUCGAAUCGUGCGCUAGCACAUUGUUCGACUCCAUCAACCAUCUUCUGGAGUAUGCCAAUAUCAACAAUAUGCGAAAAGGUCGCUCUGUACGGGCAUCGCGUUCGAAUGGCGACUAUUUCAACUUUCCGUCAGAUAAGGGACAAUUCCGGUAUGUGCAAGACCAGGAAGAUCCAGGAAAUUUGGACUCCAAUAUCCAACUUGAUGCUGCGCUGGAAGAGGUUGUGGAGAGUGUCUUUGCCGGCUACGCCUUUCUGAAUGCGUCGCGGUCGCCGCUACGGAGAGCGUCAACACCUGGUGCGAUCCUGUCAGUAAUCCCGACGCUCGCGACACAGCCGUCGACAGGGGUGAGGCUAGUCUUGGACAUCAGCUAUGCCGCGAACUGGAAGUUCCCAACCCAAGCCGGUGCUUGGCGGCUUAUCAUGAUGAAUAUUCUGGGAAAUGCUCUGAAAUUCACCCAAGAAGGACUGAUAUAUGUGUCAUUAGACGCAUCCCUCAUCGAUGCCAAAUCCUCAGCCGACGUCAAGUCACAAAUCACCUUAACUGUGAGGGAUACAGGCACUGGUAUCGGUCAACAGUACCUCCAAGAUGAUAUAUUUAGUCCAUUCUCAAAAGAGAAUCCGCUUACGCCGGGGACUGGGCUCGGCUUGAACGUUACAUACCGGACGAUAGCUGCUCUGGGUGGCGAUAUUCAAGUCAAAUCCCAGAAUGGACUGGGAACUGAAGUUAUUACCAAAAUUGCUCUUCCGCAGUCGCUGGGGCUCGAAUCGGAUGGGGCUGUUGCAGAUGCGCCGUCCCCCAUUAUCGAGACCAAAGAGCUCGUGCGAGGCACAUCCAUUGGCAUCUUGGGAUUGUGUGAUUCGAAAGAGGAUACAAUGUUACGUUCUUCCAUAACACAGAUGUGCCGCGAGUGGCUUGAUAUGAAUGUUAUUGAAGUUGACCCUACACAGGGCGAUUUCCGGUAUUGCGAUUUCUAUAUCACAACGCAGGAACAUAUGGACGUAGGGAACCUUCAGAUCAAAUCUAUUGCUCGCGGCCCGACACAGCGAUUCGCCUCUCCGGUCAUCGCGAUCUGCUCGUCGCCAGAAAAUGCGCGCAAUAUGUUCAUGGCCAGAAAGAGACGGGGUGAUUUAGAAGUUGUCGAGUUCAUCAGCCAGCCGUGCGGGCCAAGGAAAUUGGCCAAGACGCUGAAUAUAUGCUGUCAGCGCCAGGAUGGUCGACGGGGCCUCUCCACAGCGGAGAGUGAACCGCGCGUUGCUUUGGGGCGAGGCCAGAAGUUUGCCGUCCCGCCAAUUCCGGAGGCAGAGGACGAGCCGACAUUCACGCUUAAGGGGCUAGAUAUGAAGGUACCCGAGGUUAUUCCGUCGAGAGAAUUGUCGAAGUCUCCGCCUGAUCGUCGCUCUUUGGUCGACUCCAGUCAGGAUGGUUCUACUGCCACAGUAAACCAGCCGUUUGUUUCAUCGUUCCCGGAAAAGAGUUUGUCUAUCAGUCCGUCCCCGAAAAACACGCUGAAAAUCCUAAUCGUUGACGACAAUGAAAUCAACAUUAAACUCCUGGAAGCAUUCAUGCGGAAGCUAGGCUGCGAAUAUUGUAUCGCACGCAACGGUUUAGAAGCACUCGAGGCGUUCAAGGCAGAGCCGAAGAGUUUCGGCGUGAUCCUCAUGGAUAUUUCUAUGCCGAUUAUGGACGGCCUCGAGUCUACGCGAAGUAUCCGCGAGUUUGAAAAACAACUGAGUCAGAAGACAUCAGUGAGCAUCGUUGCCUUGACCGGACUCGCUCAGGCGGAGGUUCACCGAGACGCGAUUGCCUCGGGAAUGGACAUUUUUCUCACAAAGCCCGUGCGGUUGAAGAGCUUGCAGCCCAUCUUUGAGGAAAAGGGGGUACUGCCUUGCAGGUAA